AUGUCGACACCGGAAGAAUGUAAUGCGCUUGCACAGCUAAGUUCCCUAGAGCGUGUGGUGGUUCGUGAAAAGACGGCAGAUUAUCCUAACUGCAAGUAUGUGGUGACAAGCAGUGAGGGCGUGGUGUUGCUUUACGCCAAGGAAGACUGUGGUAUUGUAAACAAGGUUCUAGCAGGAAAGACUAGGACGUUCCAGAUUGAUGUCUUCGACACAAGCGAUAGAGAGGUGAUGAAACUUCGCCGUCCCUACAGCGUGGGUCAGGACAAAAUGGAUGUAAGUGUUUGCGGUCAGCUCGCUGCCAUCGUCCGUAAAGAGGUGACCUUCUUCAAGCCCGUUCUCACCAUAAACGACACUAACGAUCGACAGGUCAUCAGGGUCAAGGGCCCCGUCUCUACAACUUCUCAAUGUGAUUUUGAGUUGUAUUCCAAUGAGAAGAAAUGUAUUGGUGCCAUUUGCAAACGCUGGAACGGUGUAACUCGCGGUCAUGGUGAUAGGGAUAACUUUGUCAUACACUUACCACAGAUGGAAGCUUCCUACAAAGCUGCUGUUUUAGGGACCUGCUUUCUCAUUGACUUUCUGUACUACGAAAAUUAA